AUGGAGAGGAUUACGUGGGAUAACAUCCAGAUGAACUCCUCUAUUAACAACGCCAGCUCCCAGAAUAGCAGGACUACAGAAAAGACUCCUGACCACAAUUCAGUAGAAAACAUUACCGCAGUGAAGGAAGAAAAUAUUGAAAUUAAAACAGAAGUUUUUGCAACAUCUUUAGAGUUCGAUCCCCCAGACGAGGACGUCACACCAACUGAUCAUACUCCAGCUGACCUUUCUCCCAUUAAGGAUUUGCACCUGUUGUGGAAGACUCUCAAGCAGUUGUGGAAGACUCUCAAGCAGUUGUGGAAGACUCUCGAGCAGUUGUGGAAGAGUCUCAAGCAGUUGUGGAAGUCUCAAGCAGUUGUGGAAGAGUCUCAAGCAGUUGUGGAAGAGUCUCAAGCAGUUGUGGAAGAGUCUCAAGCAGUUGUGGAAGAGUCUCAAGCAGUUGUGGAAGAGACUCAAGCAGUUGUGGAAGAGUCUCAAGCAGUUGUGAAAGAGUCUCAAGCAGUUGUGGAAGAGUCUCAAGCAGUUGUGGAAGAGUCUCAAGCAGUUGUGGAAGAGUCUCAAGCAGUUGUGGAAGAGUCUCAAGCAGUUCUGGAAGAGUCUCAAGCAGUUGUGGAAGAGACUCAAGCAGUUGUGGAAGAGAUUCAAGCAGUUGUGAAAGAGACUCAAGUAGUUGUGGAAGAGACUCAAGCAGUUGUGGAAGAGACUCAAGCAGUUGUGGAAGAGUCUCAAGCAAUUGUGGAAGAGUCUCAAGCAGUUGUGGAAGAGUCUCAAGCAGUUGUGGAAGAGUCUCAAGAUGUUGUGGAAGAGUCUCAAACAGUUGUGGAAGAGACUCAAGCAGUUGUGGAAGAGUCUCAAGCAGUUGUGGAAGAGACUCAAGCAGUCGUGGAAGAGUCUCAAGCAGUUGUGGAAGAGUCUCAAGCAGUUGUGGAAGAGUCUCAAGCAGUUGUGGAAGAGUCUCAAGCAGUUGUGGAAGAGUCUCAAGCAGUUGUGGAAGAGUCUCAAGCAGUUGUGGAAGAGUCUCAAGCAGUUGUGGAAGAGUCUCAAGCAGUCGUGGAAGAGUCUCAAGCAGUUGUGGAAGAGUCUCAAGCAGUUGUGGAAGAGACUCAAGCAGUUGUGGAAGAGACUCAAGCAUUCGUGGAAGAGUCUCAAGCAGUUGUGGAAGAGACUCAAGCAGUUGUGGAAGAGUCUCAAGCAGUUGUGGAAGAGUCUCAAGCAGUUGUGGAAGAGUCUCAAGCAGUUGUGGAAGAGUCUCAAGCAGUUGUGGAAGAGUCUCAAGCAGUUGUGGAAGAGUCUCAAAUAGUUGUGGAAGAGACUCAAGCAGUUGUGGAAGAGACUCAAGCAGUUGUGGAAGAGUCUCAAGCAUUCGUGGAAGAGUCUCAAGCAGUUGUGGAAGAGACUCAAGCAGUUGUGGAAGAGUCUCAAGCAGUUGUGGAAGAGUCUCAAGUAAUAUGCUACAUGAUGGCCUCGUUCGACUCCUGCAUACUUCUGAAGAUGGGCAUCAGUUGUUCUGAACUUCUUGUGUAA